ACCCAGCCAGUGCCCAACCCCAUCGCCUACUUCAUGCAUCGCUCGCCGUGGUGGUUCCACCGGUUUGAGACCCUGGUCAAUCACUUCAUUGAGCUGGUGGUGCCCUUCUUCCUCUUCCUGGGACGGCGGAUGUGCAUCAUACAUGGCCUCUUACAGAUCCUCUUCCAGGUCCUCCUGAUCAUCAGUGGGAACCUGAGCUUCCUCAACUGGCUGACCAUCGUGCCCAGCAUUGCCUGCUUUGAUGACCUCAGCCUGGGCUUCCUCUUCAGCUCCAGGCUGAAGGAACGAGUGGCCCAGAUGCAGCUCAAGGAGGCAGCUGGAAAGCCCCUUCCCCUGGGCCGCUGUGUCCGCAGAGUGGUGAACGUCUCCUUUGGGCUCCUGGUUGUGUACCUCAGCAUCCCCGUGGUCCUCAACCUGCUCAACUCCAGACAAGUCAUGAACACCUCCUUCAACCCUCUCAGGAUAGUGAACACCUACGGAGCUUUUGGGAGCAUUACCAAGGAGAGAACAGAAGUCAUCCUUCAGGGGACAUCCAGCCUGGAUCCCAACGACCCCACUGCUGUCUGGGAGGAGUAUGAUUUCAAAUGCAAGCCUGGGGACUUGAAGAGGAGGCCGUGCUUCAUCACCCCCUACCACUACCGCCUGGACUGGCUGAUGUGGUUUGCUGCCUUCCAGACCUACGAGCAGAAUGAAUGGAUCAUCCACUUGGCUGGGAAGCUGCUGGCCCAGGAAGAGGAGACCUUGUCCUUGAUGGCAAUGAACCCUUUUGCAGGCAGAGCUCCCCCAAGGUGGAUCCGAGGGGAACACUUCAAGUACAAGUUCAGCCAACCUGGAGGCAAGCACGCCGGCGAGGGGAGGUGGUGGGUCCGGAAAAGGCUCGGCCCUUACUUCCCCCCCAUCAACCUCCAGGGCCUGAGGAGGUUCUAUGAAGACAGGGACUGGCCUUACCCCGUGCAGAACUGA